UUGAACUCUUGGACUAAUCAACUUAAUACAUCCUUGUAAUUCAAGUGUUGAUCCCAAUUUACUAGACAGUGGAAACAUUUUAUUCAUUUUGUUGGACUGUUAUAAUGUUAGUUUAAAUCCAUGACAAGAACUCAUCUAAAAAGACUACUAGUCUUUUCGGUUAUGGCAUAUUACCACACCGAGCUUUCUUAUUUACUUAUUGUGGUACAUGAUAUUGCAUUUAGAGCCUGCGCCGAUGAUGGCUCACUCUAGCUGCCCACUCUGGCAGUGCUUUCACCCUGACCUUUUUAGCCGAGGGAGCCCUUUCCCGGAUCAUGCUUUCCUAGGUCACGGUUUCCCAGGUUGCCCCUUUCACUUCAGCUAACUCUCAAUAUAAGUACCAAUUGGUAUGACUCGAGUUGAUGUAGGCAAAGUUCCUUGUUAUUUUUCUCUGGCUGGAGGGUAGAUAGAGAUUGGGGCAAGGUAAGGCAGUGAGUUUAGAAAGGAAGAUAAUGAUGUCACCUUGUAGGUCCUUUGUCCAUACUAGUUUUCCCAAAGUAAAUUAAAUGGUAGUUAUUUCAGAUUUUUCUGUUACCAGGGUUACUUCCUGCAUGGAGGACUCCACUUCAAUGACUAUUGAAUUCCUGCGAGCAAGAUUGCUUGCCGAAAGGUCAAUCUCAAGAAGUGCUAGACAGAGAACUGCUGAACUGGAAAAAAAGGUUGCGGAAUUAGAGGAACAACUUAGGACGGUGACUCUUCAGAGAAAGAUGGCUGAGAAAGCCACUGCAGACGUUCUUGCCAUUUUGGAGGAUCAAGGGAUAAGUGAUCUAUCUGAAGAAUUAGAUUCAGGCUCAGACAUUGACAUUCCUUAUGAAUCUGGUGUUAGUAAUGAAUCUUCAAAAGAGGGUGAAAGAUAUAGGAGCUCGAAAGAGAGACGGCACGAGUCAGAUGAACUGUAUGAUUCUCAUGUUGUGGAUUCUUCACCAGUAUCCAAUAGAAGUUUGUCCUGGAAAGGACGUCACGACUCUCCCCGUUCUCUUGAAAAAUACAAGACUUCUAAUAUUAGAAGGCGAAACAGUUUUUCAUCUGUCAGUUCUUCUCCAAAGCAUCACCAAGGAAAGUCAUGUCGCAAGAUAAGACAUAGACAAAACAGAUCAGUGGUGGAGGAAUCCAGAGAUAAGUCUGUUAAGGAUAACUUCCAAGAAAAUGAUUUUGUUUCCUCUUCUGAAGGAUAUCCAAAUCGCUCAGUUGAUGGGUCCAACAUUCUGAGAAUUGAAUCUAAAAUUCUAGAAGGGGAUGAAUCGGAGGUGAACCUAGUUAACAAAAAUCAUCAUGUAGAUAGAUGCGGAAGAAAGGAGGACAUGGAAAAGGCACUUGAACACCAAGCCCAACUUAUUGACCGGUUUGGAGCAAUGGAGAAGGCUCAAAGAGAAUGGGAGGAGAAAUUUAGAGAGAAUAAUAACAGCACAACACCAGAUUCAUGUGAUCCGGGGAAUCACUCAGAUAUGACUGAGGAUAAAGAGGAAAGCAAGGCUCAGAUUCCGUACUCUUCCAAGGCGGUCACCUCAAAUGCUCAAGAAGAUAAAGCAGAGCCGGGAGGGGUCCGAUCAUCUGAAGAAAUAUUCAAAUCUGAGGCCAGAGAUGUCAUGCCAAAAUCAUAUGAUGACACAAGCGAUUACAACAAUCAGAAUAGCCCAACUUUCCGCACUUCCAAUUUGCUUGGUCAAGAAAAUUUACAUUCACCACUUAACGGAAACCAAACUGAGAGCUCGGUAAACUCUCAUCCUCAGUCUUCUGAGGUGAACUAUCAUGAUCCACAUGGGCGUGGUUACCCCGAUUCCAAGCCAACUUUAUCCUUUCCAAAGUAUAUUCAGCAUGGAAGUCUGCACCAAAAUGAUUCUUCAAGAAACAAAAAUGACCUUUAUGCAUUAGUUUUUCGCGAACAAUCUCAUGAGUUCAAUGGGAUACUUGAAUCACUUAAGCAAGCUAGGCUAUCCCUACAACAGGAGCUCAAUAGGUUGCCACUGGUAGAGAGCAGUCAUAAAGGCAUUAAACCGUCUGCUUUUGUUGGUAAAAGUGAGGGUAGGUUUGACAUUCCUGUUGGAUUUUCUGGUCUCUUCAGACUUCCAACAGAUUUUUCGGAUGAAGCAACUUCUAGAUUUGGUGUUCGUGAUUCAGCUGGUGGAUUCGGUUCAAACUUCUAUCAUAAUAAUAGAGGCACAUCUAGAACUUCUGAUGUUCAAUUCGUCGCCAACCCCUAUUAUGGCACAAGGAUGAGCUUGUCUGCAAAUGAUCAAGCUCACACGACCCGAUACUUGGAAAAUGGGCCAAUAUCUGAUUCUAAAAAGACCCCUUUUGAUCCUUUUUUGAACGGAGGCCCACCCAAUUCUAGUAAACCUGUGUAUCCCUCGUUUCCCGUCAAUCCGUCCUAUCAAGUUACAUCACCGCAGACGCCAUAUGGAGGCGAACUUUCAAAACCCUAUUCAAGUAGACCAGCUGGGGUUCCUUUUGCCGAUCAGUUCUCAUUUCAUGGUAACCAUUUAAGAUGAACCAUGUAUAUAAUUCCAUCAGUUUAUGAUGUUAUUGUCAUGUAUCAUAUAUGUAAUUUACUUUGCAGGUGAUUCUAUGUAUUCUCUCUAGUUAUGUUGUGGUGAUAUUUAUUUAUGUAACACAAUAUCCUAUAGACUAUUCUACUUGUACUGAUUGUUCAUAUUGCAUACAACACAUUAUGCGGCACUGUAAACUUUAUUGGUCAUCUAUCAUCUAGUUUUGUGUGCAAUGUUUAAA